AUGACCUUUCACUCCCCAAAGAGACGGUAUCCUCUGGCUGAAGGAAGCCUAUCCUCAAGCAAACGGAAUAUCGGAUGGACGACCUUCACCACGCAGAAAGAAGUCUUUAGGUCUUGGGAGCUGCGCCAGUUGCUCAAGGCCGUGCAAGAUUUCAAAGGGUACGAGCUAACUUUCCAUACAGCGACGGUCCAAAAAAUUGUGAGCGAGAUUCUCCCAUCAUCGACUGGCCUGUCAUUCGCCAAGGAAGCACGGGAUCUUCUCAUCGACCUCUGCGUUGAGUUCAUCUCGCUCGUAUCGUCCGAGGCAAAUGAGAUCUCCGAGAAGGAGUCGAAAAAGACGAUUGCUUGUGAUCACAUCACGCAGGCGCUCGAGCGGCUCGGUUUUGCCGACUACGUCCCCGCCGUGCUAGAGGCAGCUGCGGAGCACAAAGAGGUUCAAAAGGGACGAGAGAAGAAAGCAAACAAGUUCGAGCAGUCCGGCCUAACACUCGAAGAGCUCGAGCGAAUCCAACGGGAACAGUUUGCCGACGCCGCGGCGCGACACACUUAG